UCAGAAGAACUAAUCAGCUGCCUCAAAAUUUAAGAGCCAGAACCUCUCCUUCUGUCUCUGAAAAGAAGUAAAGACCCUCUGAAGUUUGGGGCAUAAUGAGCCUGGAAGUCAUAUUCUGGUUUAUUGAUACUGAUGUUGGAUAGGUGGUGAGACUCACUAAGUGUUGAAAUCAAAACUAAGAUUCCUUUAUUUAUUUAUUUUAUUUUAUUUUAUUUUUAAGGUCAGGGUACAAAGGACAGUUCCAUCUAAAGAAUCCUGAGAAGAGAAAUUAGGAGCUCUGGGAGAGGAAGCUGGGAGGUGGGACUCUUCAGUGUGGUUUCUAAAAGUGAAAGCAGAGUCAAGUAAAGUGAAAGCAAAGUCAAGUAGAAUGAUUCACUGCACAAGAUAAAAGCUUAUACAGUGCAGCUUUUCCGGAUACAACUGCCUCUACGCCCUAAGGAAGUACAGUCCAUUUCUGUUACGGCGCUUUACGAGAAAGUCCAACUGUUCCUGAACCGAUUGAAGGCUGGUUCCUACUCUUUGGUGAUCCCUAAAAUACUGCCUUUUACAGUCAGUUUGGUCAGUUUGGAUAACCAGACUUGCUUCUGGAUGACCAAUGUGUAUUCUAGCUGAUAAUGUCGGAUACUAAGUCUCCAACUUCCCAUUCAUUCCAGCUGGUAGCAACACAUAAAAUGCAAAAAUCACAAUUCAGGAUCAUACAAAUAUUACUGUUAAAACUUUCUAGAUGAUUAUAGUUGCUUUGGUUGUAUUCUAUGCUAGCAGAAGCCUUCUUCAAGGUUUACUGCUGACUCUAGAGCACCACGUUCCCCAUUUAUUGGGAGUCUUGGGGGCUAUCAGCAUGGGAAACUCCUGUGUUUGCCGAGAUGAUAGUGGAGCUGAAGACAAUGCAGAAUCCCAGAAUCGCCAAACAGAGCACAGUAGAGCACAUGUACCUGAAGCAAGAAGCCACCUUAGAGACCCUGUCCGGCCACCCAGAAGGGGGCGAGGGCCUCAUGAACCAAGGAGGAAAAAACAGAAUGUGGAUGGGCUGGUACUUGACACACUGGCUGUAAUUCGGACGUUAGUAGAUAAUGACCAGGAGCCUCCUUAUUCAAUGAUCACGUUGCAUGAAAUGGCAGAAACAGAUGAAGGCUGGUUGGAAGUUGUCCAAUCUUUAAUUAGAGUUAUUCCAUUAGAAGAUCCACUGGGACCAGCUGUUAUAACAUUACUACUCGAUGAAUGUCCGCUGCCGACAAAGGAUGCAUUACAAAAGUUAACUGAAAUACUAAAUUUAAGUGGAGCUGCUGCUUGCCAGGAUGCUUGUCACCCUGCCAAACAUCGGAAUACGACUGCAGUACUGGGCUGUUUAGCAGAGAAAUUAGCAGGUCCUGCAAGUAUAGGCUUACUCAGCCCAGGCAUAUUGGAAUAUUUACUUCAUAGCUUGAAUUUCCAGUCCCAUCCAACAGUGAUGCUUUUUGCACUAAUAGCCCUGGAGAAGUUUGCGCAAACGAGUGAAAAUAAAAUGACAGUUUCUGAAUCGUGCAUUAGUGACCAACUGAUUUUGCUAGAGAAAUGGACUGAUAAUCCAGACUAUUUAAAACGCCAGGUUGGAUUUUGUGCCCAGUGGAGUUUAGACAAUCUGUUUUUAAAAGAAGGCAGACAGCUUACAUAUGAGAAGGUUGACUUGACCAACAUUAGGGCUAUGCUGAACAGUAAUGAUGUCAGUGAAUACCUUAAGAUCUCACCGCGUGGAUUAGAGGCUCGAUGUGAUGCUUCAUCCUUUGAAAGUGUUAGAUGUACGUUCUGUGUGGAUUCUGGAAUUUGGUACUAUGAAGUUACAGUAAUUACUUCGGGAGUGAUGCAGAUAGGAUGGGCUACCAAAGACAGCAAGUUUCUCAACCAUGAAGGUUAUGGCAUCGGGGACGAUGAAUACUCCUGCGCAUAUGAUGGCUGCCGGCAGCUGAUUUGGUAUAACGCCAGAAGUAAACCGCACUCUCAUCCCUGUUGGAAAGAAGGAGACACAAUAGGAUUUCUACUAGAUUUGCAAGAAAAGCAAAUGAUAUUCUAUUUAAAUGGAAACCAGCUUCCUGCUGAGAAACAAGUAUUUUCAUCUGCUGUAUCUGGCUUUUUUGCUGCAGCUAGUUUCAUGUCCUAUCAACAAUGUGAGUUCAACUUUGGGGCAAAACCUUUCAAGUAUCCACCCUCAAUCAAAUUUAGCACCUUUAAUGAUUAUGCUUUUCUGACAGCAGAAGAGAAAAUAAUUUUGCCAAGACACAGACGCCUGGCUUUGCUGAAGCAAGUGAGUAUCCGAGAGAACUGCUGCACGCUUUGCUGUGAUGAGAUAGCAGACACAGAACUCAGGCCGUGUGGACACAGUGACCUGUGCAUGGAAUGUGCCUUGCAACUGGAGACCUGCCCAUUGUGUCGACAGGAAAUACAAACUAGAGUCAGACAGAUCUCUCACAUUUCAUGACACACAUGGAGAAAUAUCAGAGACUUGUUUUUAAUGAGCUCCAUCCAAUACUGAAGGGGGAAGAUAUCUCUUAAUCAAUCUUUAUGCACAUAGAACCAUAGCCACGGCCAGAUUUCAUGCUAAACUGUAGUCUGUUUAUCUUAAAAAUGAAAUCUUUAAUAAGCUAUUUCAAGUUGCCAGCAACAAGAACUGGUCUGAACAGUAAUGAAAGCUGGUAGUUCAGUGUGUUAUGGCUAUUGGUUAUCUCCAAGCAAGACCACAGGAGAGUGUCUCUUUUCCUCCCCCCUUCCUUCUCGCCUGUCGCAAGUGCUGAAAGAAUUUGCACUGGAAGUACAGAUACAAUGCGUUUAAAAACAAAAACAAAAACCAAACAAAAAAAAAAAGAAAGAAAAAGAAAUCUCCUAGAACAGGGCCAUUCUGUCUUGUGCUCGAUAGUCUCUAUUUUUGGCAGAAAUCAGUAUACUAAAAAAGAAUGCCAAUGUUUUUUGUUUCAUGUAGCCUCCUGCUGGUCAGAGACUCUGUAUUUUCAGACAGUGGAUAUUAAACUGCUCAAAGACUUAAUCUGUACGCAAACUGAUUCGAAAAGCCAGUGUGGAGACUGUAGAGAAAUUCACAUUUUUUAACAACUUGGUGAUUCCAAAGAAUGUUCUGAUUUGUUUUUAAACGUUAAAAGAUUGGCGGUAUUUUCAAGUACAUACUGUUUCUGAUGCUUUUAACUUCAGUACCCACAUUUUUUUUGUGAGGAUAUAAUUUUCAGGAAGUUUUCUUAACUAAUUGUAAUGCUGGACUGGAAUUAGUUUGAUAUUCUGGGUAUUUUUUUAAGGUAUCAUCAAUCAUUUUUUAAUCAGUAUUGUUUUUGAAAGUUACGUUCACUGAAAAUAUUGAGCUAUCUUCAAAGACUGAAGAAUUCUCAGCCAGUUUAUUUAAAAGGAAAAAAAGAAAAAAAGUUAUUGGAUAGCAAGUUCAGGCCUCUUCUUAACUCUUAAGAUAUGCACCUUGCUUGCCACGUGUUGGUCCUGCUCUGAGCAGGUUUGGGGCCACACCUUGUUUCUGGUAGAGGUCAUUUAGUGGGAAUCUCUGCUCCACUUCAGUUAUACAUUUGUGACGUUCAUGUGUUAAGGAUGCGUUUCAGCAGGCAGCUUUUGACUGUUUUACUAGGUUUCUAUACGGAAUCAGAUUCACAUCUGGUGUCAGAGAAGUAGUGCAAAGUCAGUGGAGUUAUGCUUAUUUUGCACCAACUGAGGAUAUGACUCGGUCUCUUCCAAGAUUUGUACAGUUUGUUUUUCUUUUUUCUUUUUUUUAAUUUUUUAAAAGCAUCUGGAUAUAUAGUAGAACUCUGCUAAUUCACACACAACUUGCACCAAAAGCAUCCCACGUCUUGGCAAUGAUUCCACAGCAGAGGCCAUUGUAGUGAAUUUUCAUGCUGUGAUGUAUUUCUUUUUUUCAUUGUCUUUAUUGUACUAGUAAAGUAUCAAGUAUUAACAAAGUAAAGCUGAGGGCUGACUGUUCAUGUGGAGCACUCUUAUUUCCUGCUGAGCGCUCCUGUUUCCUACUGACCUAAGUAGGAGCAAAGAGCACUGUGCACAGAUUUUAGAAUCAAGCCUGUUAGCAACUGCUUUCAUGUUUUGCUAACUGAAGGGUGCUGAAUUUCAGAGGCUCACUGGAGAUUUAUUUUAUUCUUGAAGUAAACUGUGUGAACUAGGAAAGUUCUGUGAAUCACUUUCAUGUUGACUGAAUCAAAAAUGGUGUCACGUUUAGUCUUUUUGCUAAAAUGUGAAUUCUCUUCCACCUUGGAUGCCUGUUUUGAUUAAAGUCACAAUGGCAAAUCCA